CCCAAACCUGCAUGCUUUGGUCUCGCUCGUCUCUGCUCUUUUGUUCGGGUGAGGAAAGCAAGAACUAGAGUAUAUGCACGGAAGACGAAGAAAUCCCUAGAGGAGGAUAUAUUCAAGAUUCAGUAUGCGGUUGCAAACGGUAGGAAAAAGGCAACCCUGCGCCAUGUGACUCCCAUGGAAAAUGAAUACUGAAGAUUUAUCUAAUUCGACCAACAGACAUAGCUACCUACCCAUGGAGAGACAAUUACUUUGCUUCAUGUUGGUGGCUUGCAGUGCACAUUAUGUCUUCGUCUGCAGCUCCUUAUAUGCAAACGAGACAGAUCGGAUGUCACUGCUUGAAUUAAAGGAUGCAAUCAGUCUGGAUCCACAGCAAGUCUUCAUGUCCUGGAACGAUAGCACCCACUUCUGCAAUUGGGAAGGUGUCUCCUGCAGGGUGAAAAAGACUCUGCCACUUCGUGUCACUUCUCUAAACCUUACAAGUCGAGGUUUAGUAGGACACAUCACUCCUUCGCUUGGGAACCUAACAUUUUUGCAGACUCUAGCCCUAGCAGAGAAUGCACUGACAGGGGAGAUCCCACCCUCCCUGUGUCACUUGCUUCGUCUCCAAACCCUUGACUUGAAUAAUAACAAGCUGCAAGGAAGGAUACCAAGUUUCACAAACUGUUCAAAGCUCAAGGAGUUGGAUGUUUCAUCAAACAACCUAGUUGGCAAAUUUCCAGCUAAUUUGCCUCCUCACCUUCAGGUUCUAUGGAUUUCAACUAAUAGCCUUACUGGCACCAUCCCAGCUUCUCUUGCCAAUACCACAACACUAAAUAUGAUUAGUUGUUCAUAUAAUCAUAUCAAGGGAAACAUCCCACAUGAAUUUGCAGAUUUAUCCAGUUUGCAGUUUUUGCAAGCGGGUGUCAAUCACUUGACAGGCAGAUUUCCACAAGCCCUCUUGAAUCUUUCUACUCUCACCUUCCUUGGCCUUACUCUCAAUGGUCUAAGUGGAGAGAUACCACCCAAUCUUUGUACCUCCCUCCCAAAUCUCCAGAAGCUUGCAUUGGGUGGCAACUUUUUUCUAGGGAACAUGCCUAGUUCAUUCACUAAUGCUUCUAGUCUGAACUUCAUUGAAUUGUCGCGUAACAAAUUCACCGGAUUGGUGCCUGCCACUAUUGGUAAACUUACCAAACUCUCAUAUUUGAAUCUUGAAAAUAAUGAACUCCAAGCACAUAGUAGGGAAGACUGGUUGUUUUUGGACAGCUUAGGCAACUGCACAGAGCUACAAAUGUUCUCAAUGAGUUGGAAUCAUCUAUCAGGGCAUGUACCAAGUUCAUUAGGUAACAUUUCCAAUAACCUUCAGGAGCUAUACUUGACAGACAAUCACCUAUCUGGAGAUUUUCCUUUCGGCAUAGCAAACCUUCGCAACCUGAUUGUUUUAGCAUUGGGGAAAAAUGAAUUUACAGGAAUGAUUCCCGAGUGGACUGGAACUCUUCAAAAGUUGCAGAGACUAAUUUUAGAAAUGAACCUAUUUACGGGGGACAUUCCUUCAUCAUUGUCAAACUUGUCUAGCUUGGGAGGGCUCUUCCUAUACUCGAACAAGUUCAUUGGCAACAUACCACCAAGCUUUGGAAACCUCCCCGUGCUUACAGAUUUAGUGAUUUCCAAUAACAAUCUUCAUGGCAGUGUUCCAAUGGAGAUAUUCAGAAUCCCAUCAAUAAAUUCAAUUGAUUUAUCUUUCAACAACCUUGAUGGACAACUUCCUACUGAAAUUGGCAAUGCCAAACAACUCUUACAUCUAGGACUAUCAUCAAAUAAGCUAUCCGGAGAUAUCCCAAGCACUCUUGGUGAUUGUGAAAGUUUAGAAGUCGUUGAGUUAGACUCAAAUAGCUUUAGCGGAAGCAUUCCCACUACAUUAGCCAACAUCACCAACUUGAGGUUUUUGAACCUUUCUACCAAUAACUUAGCUAGGUCAAUACCAUCAUCUCUUGGGAACCUAAAAUAUCUUGAGGAACUAGAUUUCUCAUUCAACCAUCUUGUUGGUGAGGUUCCAACAAAAGGGAUAUUCAAGAAUGCAACUGCCAUGCGGAUUGACGGAAAUCAGGGUCUUUGUGGUGGAGUUUUAGAGUUACACAUAAUAGCAUGUUAUGUCAUGCCUUCAAAUUCAACUAAACACAAAGCACAUUUAUUUCUGAAAGUAGUUAUUCCAAUAACCAGCAUGGUGUCAGUUGCUAUGGUCAUAUUUGGCUUAUUACUCUGGAGAGGAAAACAAAAAAGCAAAUCUGUAUCUUUCCCAUCUCUUGCUACAAAAUUUCCCAAAGUUUCUUUCAGUGAUUUAGCCAGAGCAACACAAGGAUUCUCAGUGUCCAACUUUAUUGGCAGAGGGAGAUAUAGCUAUGUGUAUCAAGGAAGACUAGUUGAAGAGGAAAAUGAGGUUGCCAUAAAAGUGUUCAACCAAGAGACAAGAGGAGCAGAAAAGAGCUUCAUUGCAGAAUGUAAUGCGUUGAGAAAUAUGCGGCAUCGUAAUCUGGUCCGUAUCCUAACUGUGUGCUCAAGCAUUGAUUCUAGUGGUAAUGAUUUCAAGGCCCUAGUGUAUGAGUUCAUGCCACGAGGAGAUUUACAUAAACUAUUAUACUCAACUCAAGACUACAAAGUCACACCAGAUGUCAACCUUCUUAGAAUGACUCAAAGAAUGAGCAUUCUGGUGGAUGUAGCGGAUGCAAUGGAGUACCUACACCAUAACAACCAAGGAACAAUGGUUCACUGUGAUCUGAAGCCUAGCAACAUUCUUUUGGAUGACAAUAUGACUGCUCAUGUUGGAGACUUUGGCCUCGCAAGAUUCAAAGUUGGUUCCGCAACGUCAUCUCUUGGUAACCCAAACUCUUCUUCAGCUGGACUAAUGGGAACGAUCGGAUACGCUGCUCCAGAAUAUGCUGGGGGUGGUCAAGUUUCAACAGCUGCGGCUGUUUACAGCUUUGGUGUCAUCCUCCUGGAGAUAUUACUUAGGAGAAGGCCAACUGAUGACAUGUUUAUGGAUGGAUUGAGCAUUGUGAAGUUUACAGAGAUCAGCUUCCCUGAUAGGGUAAUGGAGAUUGUCGAUCCUCAGCUGAUACAAGAGAUUGAGCUUUGCCAAGAAACUCCAACAGCAUCGAAGGAAAAAGGUCUACGCUCUCUGUUAUCUAUGGUAAACAUUGGCCUCUCCUGCACCAAGAUAUCGCCGGGUGAACGCAUCAACAUGCAGGAGGUGUCCGCCAAGCUACAUGGCAUCAGAGACUCUUAUCUGAGAGGAAAUUGAGGAAGCACUUGUCUUGCUUUAAUAACAAUUAAAUAACUGAGUUGGUGUAUAACUGGCA